UCAGCAUAGUGCGUUACACGUUUAGUGUUUUUCUUUCGUUUGUUGACGUGAUUUUCUUAGCUGGAUAUAGAAAACUGGAUCCAAAAUGACAGCUAAACCCUAAAGAGCGAGUAAAAGGCCAUCGUGUUUCUCAGAAAAGUUUGAUUCUGUGGCUCGAUAACUAUUUUCACCCUGUGUUUCCUCUCUGAUAAAUGUUGCAGAAACACAGCUAAGGCCCCUCCCUCAGAGCCCGGAGAUCAUGAAGCACACGAGGAAAUAGACACAAACACACAGGCCGUGGACAUGCGUGUGUGCAUCAUAUGGAGCAGUAAACCAUAAGAAGCAUCAGUUCGUUCCUCAAACAGGAAGAGUUGUGCAGACUGCAGGAUGUUCUCGUCAGUGAAGCCGUUUGAAGGGCAGCAGUUUUCAGCCCUGAGGAAACAGUGCCAGCAGAACAGGACUCUGUUUGAAGACCCCGUCUUCCCCGCUGUAGACCGGUCGCUCUUCUAUCAUGGAAACCGCAUCGGAAAAGUCACCUGGAAGAGACCAAAGGAGCUGUGUGAAGACCCGCACUUGUUUGUGAAUGGGAUCAGUGCUCAUGACCUGCACCAGGGUCAGCUGGGAAACUGCUGGUUUGUGGCGGCCUGUUCCAGUCUGGCCUCCAGAGAAGCUCUGUGGCAGAAGGUUAUCCCAGAUUGGAAGGACCAGGAGUGGGACAAGCAGAAACCGGAGAGCUAUGCUGGGAUAUUUCACUUUCGCUUCUGGCGUUUUGGAGAAUGGGUGGACGUCAUUAUUGAUGACCGACUACCAACCGCAAAUGGGCAGCUCAUCUACUGCCACUCCAACGACAGUAAUGAGUUCUGGAGUGCGCUGGUGGAGAAAGCCUAUGCCAAGUUAUGUGGAUGUUAUGAUGCUUUGGAUGGCGGAAACACGGCCGACGCUCUUGUGGAUUUCACUGGUGGAAUAUCUGAGCCCAUGGAUCUGCUGGAAGGGAAGUUCAGCCAGGAGGAAGAGGCCCGAAAUCAGCUGUUCGAGCGCGUUCUGAAGGUCCACAACAGAGGAGGUCUGAUCAGCUGCUCCAUUAAAGCGACGAGUCAGGCGGACAUGGAAGCCCGUUUAGACUGCGGCCUGGUCAAAGGUCACGCGUAUGCGGUGACUGAUGUGCGUAAGGUGCGUCUGGGCACCGGCCUGAUGGCGUUCUUUAAAUCGGAGAAGCUCUCCAUGAUCCGUAUGAGGAACCCGUGGGGUCAGAGAGAGUGGAUCGGAGCUUGGAGCGACAGCUCAGAGGAGUGGAAGAGAGUCAGUAAGAGCGAGCGAGAGAAGAUUGGUGUGACCGUGGAGGAUGAUGGCGAGUUCUGGAUGGAUUUUGAGGAUUUCUGUAAGUAUUUCACAGACCUGAUUCUGUGCCGCUUGAUUAACACGUCGUACCUGAGCAUCCACAAGAUCUGGGAGGAGGCAGUGAUGCGGGGCUCCUGGUGUCGCCAUGACGAUCCUUUAACGAACCGAUCAGGAGGCUGCAUCAACCACAAAGCCACGUUCCUCCAGAACCCACAGUAUGUGUUCGACGUGACGAAGGCUGAGGACGAGGUUCUGAUCUGCCUGCAGCAGCAGGACAAGAGAGCUCAAUCCAAAGAUGGGAAAGGAGACAACAUCGCCAUCGGCUUUUAUAUCCAAAACGUGGAGCUCAACCGGACGUACCGCAUGCACACCAUCCAGAAAACAGUGGGCAGCUCCAUCUACAUUAACUCCCGCAGUGUGUUUCUGCGCAAGGACCUGAAGGAGGGCCGCUACGUCAUCAUUCCCACGACCUUUGACCCCGGCCUGCAGGGAGACUUCCUGUUGCGCAUCUUCACGGAUGUGCCUGCCGCCUGCAAGGAGCUGACAUUAGACGAGCCGCCCCAAACCUGUUGGACAGGGUGCUGUGGGUAUCCAAAGCUGGUCACACAGGUGCACGUCCACAGAGCAGAUGGGCUCCAGGCUCAGGACUCAGAUGGAUCGUCGGACCCGUACGUCAUCAUCAGCUGUGAGGGACAGAAGGUUCGUUCGCUGGUGCACAAAAACACACAGAGCCCAGACUUUGACGUGAAGGCGGUUUUCUACAGGAAGAAGCUGAAAGAGCCGAUCCGCAUUCAGAUCUACAACCAGAACAUUCUGAAGGACUCGUUCAUGGGUCAGGCGACCUUAAGCGGCGACCUGUCCGACCUGCAGCAUCUUCACACCCUUCGCCUGCGCGACAAAGGAAACCGGCAGAACAGCGACCUCCCGGGUCUGGUCUCGGUGAGCCUCACGACCAGCGACGUCCUGACCAACAUCUGAGCACGUCGCGGUGACUAUAGAGGGUUUACAGCACCUCCUGUGUCUGUGGAAAAUCACAGAGUAUUACACUUAUAUUUACAUGCUCUUUCUCUUUAUGUAGUCCUUUGGGAAUGUUUCUUGGAAGUAGAUUUACUUGUUUACAAGCACUUUUUUCAACUUAAAGGGAUAGUUCAGUCAAAAAUGAAAAUCAUUUACUCACCCUCAAGUUGUUUCGUUCUUCUGUUGAAGAUACCUCAGCAAAUAAAUAGUUGACGGUAGCCAUUGACUUCCAUAGUAGGGGGAAAUAAUACUAUG